CCGCGCCGGCCUCCCGCCGGCCGGGCCCGACCUCGCAAAGGGCUGUCCCCGCCGAGGUGCGGGAAGCCGGGUGACGGUUCCUCCCACACUCGGAUCUCCCCUUCCUCAUCGAGGUACAACACAGCCGGCCUGUCUCUGUCGGGAGAGCUCCCGUGUCACUGCCCCGCCGCGUCUUUCUCCAUGCGAGGUGAAAAGCCGGGUUCUGCCAGCGUCCGCGACGCCUUCCAAUUCCGGCACGGCGGGGCGGCCAUUUUGGAUCCAGACCAGCGCAGACAGACCUACGGGGCCGCGGGCCGCCAUCUUGAGAGUCGCACCGUACGACGCACCGGCGCGCGCUGCCUCCGCCCCUAACUCGGCCAGCGGGUCUGGGUCCCCCGUGCAGGAGGAUGUGACGCGCGACAGGUGGUCAGUGUCUAGACCACCGCGCUUGGCCUCCACGGGACCCGCAGUGUCUUCCGGAAGAUGUCCAAAGACACGGCAGACGCGAGGGAAGACUCCAGGGAGCCGCCCAAAGAGCCGGACCCUGCAGGGGAGGAACCGCCGGCCGCGCCGCCCCAUGGCCAGGGCCCGGGCGGCGGCGCAACACGGACCCCGCGGCCGGACCCCGCGCCCCGCGCCAUGGCCCCCGACCCGCCGGCCGCUCCCGCGCAGUGGGCGCAGGAGAUGGGGCAGACGCUGGCGGGCGGCGCGCGCAGGCUGCUGCUGCAGCUCGGGGUGCUCCUCUGCAGCGUGCUGCUGCUGCUCUGGGUGUCCGUGUUCCUCUACGGCUCCUUCUACUACUCGUACAUGCCGACCGUCAGCCACCUUAGCCCGGUGCACUUCUAUUACAGGACUGACUGUGACCCCUCCGUCACCUCCCUAUGCUCCUUUCCUGUGGCCAAUGUUUCCCUGGCCAAGAGUGGACGCGAUCGGGUGCUGAUGUAUGGACAGCCCUAUCGCGUCACCCUGGAGCUGGAGCUGCCCGAGUCCCCUGUGAACCAGGAUCUGGGUAUGUUCUUGGUAACAGUUUCCUGCUAUACCAGAGGUGGCCGCGUCAUCUCCACCUCCUCUCGUUCCGUGAUGCUGCACUACCGCUCGGACCUGCUGCAGACACUGGACACAAUAGUCUUCUCCAGCCUCCUGCUCUUCGGCUUUGCGGAACAGAAGCAGCUCCUGGAGGUGGAGCUGUACACGGACUACAGGGAGAACUCGUAUGUGCCCACGACUGGCGCCAUCAUUGAGGUCCACAGCAGGCGCAUCCAGCUGUAUGGGGCCUACCUGCGCAUCCAUGCCCACUUCACAGGGCUCAGGUACCUGCUGUACAACUUCCCCAUGACCUGUGCCUUCGUGGGUGUUGCCAGCAACUUCACGUUCCUCAGUGUAGUCCUGGUCUUCGGCUACAUGCAGUGGGCAUGGGGCAGCAUCUGGCCCCGGCCCCGCCUCUCUGUGCAGGUGAACGUCCGGAGGAAGGACUGUGCCCAGCAGGAGCCAAGAAGGACUGCUCAGCAGCCAGGUACAGGGUGCGAGGACCAGGAGGAGGAUGGCCAACUGUCAGAUGUGGCGGAGGGGAUAGAGGAUUGCAAGAGCCCAGAGGAGCCCUCAGGGACAGAGAUGCCAUUAGAAAAGGAGAAGCCAGAUCUGCAGCCUGUAGGCAGGGAUGCAGAACUAGAGCCUGAAGCCAGUGAUGGCUCAGGCUCGUGGGAAGACGCAGCUCUGCUCACCGAGGCCAACCUGCCUGCCUCCGCCUCUGCCCGUGUUCUGGCCCCAGAGACCCUAGGCCACCCUGAGUCCUCUGGGGGGGCCCUGCGCCACCGCUCCACCUGCUCUAGCUCCUGAAAGACCCUGUGCUGUGCACCAGCCCUUGUCCCUUGUCCCCCCCCCCCCCAUUGCCCCAAUAAACUAUUUUGUGCCAGCUG